AUGUGUACUGAAUCAACAUUGGUACGGGCGUUACCUGGUCCCGAUCCUCCUUCAAAGCACCAUUACUCGUUCUAUUUUCAAGACGGCUUGGUGAUACUCAAUGUGAAGGGAAGCCUCUACAGGGUACAUCGUCAUUUACUCGAGCAUAAUUCCGAGUACUUCCGUGAGCUGCUGUCUCCAGGAAAUAGCUCUAUAGGGCCGUCUGGAGCCACGGACGACACAGCUAUAUCGAUCCCGGAUCUCACAUCGGAUGAAUUUGAUUGUCUCCUCAAUUUCCUGUACUACAGGGUAUACGAAGACAGCACGCUAUCUGUCACCGAAUGGAUUACCCUCCUAGAUGUCUCCACCCGCCUUCGCUUUACCACAAUUCGCACCCUCUCUAUUCGUGCCCUUUCCGCUCAGCGCUCCUCCCUCAGCGCCGUCGAGACCAUUGUGCUUGCAAUCAAACAUGACGUUCCGAGCUGGCUCGCUCCUGCAUACGCCGAGCUGUGCCGGCGACCACACCCGUUAGAUGACGGCGAGGCAGAGCAGCUGGGAGCGAAGAUCGCCGCGCGGGUCGGAAGAGCACGGGAGACGAUCAGAGAUGAGACGUUCCGGGCCCAUCAGGAAAAGCAGUACGGAAUCAGAUAUGCACCGCCAGAGGCAUUUGAUGAAGAACUGGUGAACACGACCGUUUCGGAGACGUUUUGGGUAGGGGAUGCCUCAAACCCGUCGCGCUCUUGA